AUGACAGCAAUGAUUCUACCUUUCCCUUCUUCAUUGCCUGAUCCUCCCCACAUCAAAAAGCGCCGGAAAUUGACUUGGCACGAGCGUUUCUUAGUAUUGAAGGAGGCCUCUAGGCUUUAUGCUGCAAGCUGGGUGAGGGAUAUUGGUCCUGAUCUUCGACCGAAUGAUUAUAAGAAGGAUGAUGAGACUGAAGGUAAACCCAUUGGAGAUAAGAGUAGGACUAAAGUGACAGAACCUUCAACAUUGGAAGAUAUUGCGGUUGCCGCAAGAGGAGGGAUGGAGACUUUGAGGCCUGUUUUACAGAGGUUAUACAUGACAAGGGCUUCUGCAUAUAGAGAUGCUCUUAAGAGUUUUAUUGACGGAUAUCAAGAAGGUAUCCAGCAGGUCAAGGAGAAAAAGGAAGACUCUUCUAAACCACAGCAAGACAGCAAUACCAAGAAAAAUUCAACUUGAUGGCUGAUAAGUGCAUAAAAGGAGAUGCAUGUGAGUACUUCUCCAGCAUACCUAUUGUAGAUACAAGUUUAGAGCUUUGGUGGAGCUGGGUUGGCUUGAAAGCACAAGCAUGAACCAUAUCCUGAGAAUUAUCCUGAAUUGAGAAAGUUAACUUUAAAGACUAUGAACAUAACGGGAGUUUCCAUUCAUAUCGUG